CAGUUUGCUCAUUGUCUCACCUCUCAACCGCCCCGUUUCACUUUUCCACUCCAGACGAGUUUUGCUCCCGCAGAGAUAUGAGGCACCCACGGUCAGUCUACUUGGUCGACAGCCACGCCGCUGCCGCCCCUCCUGCGCUACCACCCCGAGCGGGCCGGGCCCGACGGUGCACUGGCCUGGCUCAGACGAUUCUCUUCAUGCUGGCGAGCGUGGCUCUGAUCGGGCUCGUCCUGGAAGCGCUCCUCAUCUUCUACCUGCAUUCAAACAAUUCCGUGCAGAUGCCGUCAACGCCGCGCUCCAAGUUGACUGCAGACAAAAAGGCAUCUCCCCACAUUUCCACUCAUCAUAGGCCUCUUUCCAAACCACUCGCACGCCUGAUUGAGAAAAAAGUAUCUCCACAUACUUGCACUCCUGAUUCCAAACCGGUUGCACACCUGAUGGAUGGCAAAGAUGCAACUCACGGCAAAAGCGUAGUUGGCUGGAGCCUUAUUUCGGGCCGUCUUCUCUGCGGCAUGGAAUACAAGAACGGAAGUCUACUGAUCCGCCGAGAAGGCUUCUACUUUGUCUACUCCAAAUUGUCCUUCCACAACGGCGCCACCUUCCACCACACCGUCAUGAAGCGUACUAGCCGGCACCCCGGCGGCACCGUCCCCCUCUUGCAGGCCAGGCAAUUUUCUUCUGCAGAUAACAAGAACAACGGCAACACUUUCCUCGGCGGGGUCUUUCACCUGCACAAAGAUGACGCUCUGUUUGUCAAUGUCAGCGACACUUCCAAAAUAUUGCGGGUCAGAGCUUAUGAAAACGUCUUUGGUGCAUUUAUGACAUAAAUGGUGUCGUGUCAUGCUUAGGGUCAGCUAUUUCAGACGCUUUCAUAAAAAAAUUGACGUCGCUUUAUUUAUUUUUUUAAAACCUUUUUGUACUCAGGCCUAAGACAUGUCUGUACUGCUUGUGUCAUCUAAAUGCAAUUACAAUUUAGUGGGUGGGGGUGUCAACGGCAAGAUUUUGGAUCUUUGCGACAGGGCUUGGUACCUACUGAAAACUACAGCUUACAUUUUCAAAUCGUUAACUAUCAGAGAUUCAAACAAGAACUAUUAUAACAAGAAGAUUA